AUGUGGCAGGACGACGAGGACAAUAACCCUUAUGGGUCUUUCAACAACCAGGACCCUACGGUUGAUCCCACCACCGCCUCAUAUUCAAACCAACCGUCUACCCCUCCCUCCUCUCAACCAUCUCCGAAUCAGCCGCCCCAAUUUCUCUCCAGACCAAGCAACAUCAGCGAUGAUGGCGAGGAAGACGCGGCACAUCCAGAGGAGGAGGAAGACAGCACACCUGUCCCCCCUAAGGGCGGAUAUGACGGGAGAGUCCAACAGAUCCUCUAUGAGAACCCUGAUCUCGAAAUAGUCAUCACUGACGCUGGCAAGAGCUCUGAUGGAGGUUACAUUGUCUACAAGAUACGGACGGGUGACAUUGAAGUUGCCAGGCGCUACUCGGAAUUCAGCUCGCUACGUGUUGCUCUGGUCAAUCUUCACCCGACUUUGGUCAUCCCACCCAUCCCCGAGAAGCAUUCAAUGGCAGAUUACGCCGCCAAACCGACCCGAGCGAAGGAAGAUGCGGGCAUUAUUGAUCUACGGAAGCGCAUGCUCGGAGUCUUCCUCAAUCGCUGUCGAAGAAUGAGAGAUGUUGUUGAAGAUGGCGUCUGGUGGCGGUUUCUAGAUCCCAAUUCCAGCUGGAAUGAGGUCCUACAUGCCCACCCAGUCGCCUCAGUUCCCAAGAACAACCUGAAAGCACCUCCACUAGACCCGGCGAAUCCGACUCCCGCUCACAAUUGGCUGCCCAUUCCUCCAACUUCUGCCAAAAUCAGGCCUGGCGGACCGACGUCGACUAGUGGAACACCUAUCUCCCCGCCUGAUCAGUCGUGGCCAUCGAGUGCUGCCCAUACCGUGCCCGGUCCGCAGAUCUUUGGCCGCUUUCCUAUCGCAGCAGACAAGUUGAGCGAGACUGACUUGGAUCCCUACUUUAUCAACUUUGAGUCUUCUACACGGGAACUGGAACUAUUACUGCAAGGCAGCAUUGAGAAAGUCAACCGGCGCACAUUGGAGCAUUUGACCAAGCUUUCGGCCGACCUUGCAGAACUUGGAGCACGGUACAAUGGGUUUUCGCUGUCGGAACAGUCCAUUAUGGUAGCAGCAGCCAUUGAGCGGGUAGGGCAGGCGGUUGAUAGCACAUAUAUCUCGACUGAGGAGCUAUCCUUGAGCCUUGGCGCCACAUUUGCGGAACCCAUGCGGGAGAGUGCCCAGUUUGCAGGGGUUGUGCGCAAUGUUUUGAGAUAUCGUGUCCUGAAGCGUGUGCAGCAGGAGAUGACCCGGGAAGAUUUGGACAAGAAAAAGUAUCUCCUUGAUUCUUUGGAGAGGAGCGAGGUUGAGGCCAAACGAAUUGAUGCAUAUCUUGCCAAUAGUACGACGCUGUCGAGCCCUCCUCGACGAUCGACUUCAAAUGCAUCGGCUCGAAGUCAAAGUGAGGCACAAUCACCUCCUGGUGGCCGAGAGGCCCACGAAGAGACUGAAUCGGUCGAUUCCGACUUCCCACCCACACAUGGCGAUGCACCAGGCUCGCCUCCUUCGUCCUAUCAAGGUCAAGGCCAAACCCAGACCGGGCCGACCUCACCAAUAUCUCACCGAAAGUCUCCUAGUGGGAACUUUGUGACCAACAAGAUUUUUGGCAGCUUCAGACACGCAGUCAAUGGGUUUGUAGAUGUGGAUCCUGAACGCACUCGACGUGAUCAGAUCGGUAAGACCCGAGAGAGCUUGACACAGCUGGAGCAGGCACUAGAAGUGUCCGAGAAGGAUGUCAAGGAUGCGACGCAGGGUGUACUGAAGGACCUCAAGAGGUUCCAGAAGGAGAAAGAGGACGAUAUUCAGCGAUACAUGAUAUCGUAUGCUCGAUGUCACAUUGAGUGGGCGAAGAAGAACUUGGAGACGUGGUCAGAAGCACGCGAAGAAGUGGACAAAAUUGUGGCCCCAUGA